AUGGCCCGCGCCUCUGCUGGUAUUGGGGCGCCGGACGCUCGCCCGGAGGAGGACUCCUGCAUCAUCCCGUCCUCCUUCGACAUGGACCGUGACAUGCUCGACUGGGAGCAGACUGCCGCCAUCGCCUGGUCAGUCAACUCGCCACGGCGCCUUGAGGCGCUUGACGUCGACCGAGCCAUCCGGAAGCAGUUCCGUUUGAGCCACGCGGAUGUGGCCGUCACUCCGUACCACCUCGUUGAGUUCCUCGUCAAGUUCAAUCACAAGGCGCACUGUGACGAGGCCCUCGCUGCGGGGCGGGUGCGCGCCGGCGGUGGCAUCGUCCACAUCCGCCCCUGGCGGCCGCUGGAGCGGGCGCUUGGCGCGGCUCUCAACUACAAAGUGCGCCUCUGCCUGGAGAACGUGCUGGACUACGCCUGGACCCCGUUCGUUGCCGAACGCAUCAUCGGCCGGCGUUGCUCCCUCGACCGUCUUGAAGACCACUCCGCGCUCAGGACAAACUCAGAGACGCUCGACCUCUGGGCGUGGACGGCGGACCCAAACCUGAUCCCGAAGAUCAUUUGGCUCACCUUCACCACGAGGCCGUCCGUCGGUCUGUAG